AUGCCUCUUUUGAAGAGUGAUGCUACAUCUAGACGUGAUAAGUUUCCGAACGAUCCAAUAUUUACUCGACUUUGCAGACGUUACGCAGAGAGGCCAGGAGUGCUGUUUCACGAUGAACAUGGCAUUGAUGCCAGCUAUAGUGACCUGAUCAGCGAUAUUAUACACAUGCGUCAGGUUCUGCGAGCGCAGCUCCCUAGCACUGUUUUUGACGAGAAUGGUCUUCUACAACCGGACGCCCCUCCCAUUGCAUUUCUCGCAUUCAAUGGAUACUAUUUUAUUGUGAGCUUUCUGGCUAUUGCGGCCCUGGGAGGCAUCUGUGUGCCACUGUCAACGGGCCUUAUUCCAGAAGAGGCCCUCUACCUUCUGAAUAAGAUAAAUGCAAACUUUAUCCUUAUGGAUGAAGGGUGUUCUGAGAUAGCACUGGCAGUUAAAGAUCAUGCCUGGAAUUUGGCUAAUCAACAGUUAACCAUACAUCCGGUAACAAGAGCGGAGCCAGGUCCCUGCCCCAAGUUGGAAAUUGAUGAACAAUUGACCUUUCCCCCAAAUACUGGAUGCCUUGUUCUGUUUACAUCGGGAACAACUGCUUUGCCAAAAGGAGUUCUUCUCCCUCGCGAAUUAUUCCAUUCCUUAGAGCUUCCACUGGACCUAGACGGUCUCUAUCUAUCUACCAGCGCUGCACACUGGGUAGGAGGAUCAACAGGCCUCAUAGACAGUGUUCUUUCGGGGCAGAGAUUACAUAUUGUGAAGGGAGAGUGCGGAGCUGCAAAGUGCUGGGAACUUUUGAAGGCGGGAACAAUCACAGAGAUGUCUGUGCCCCCGACUACUCUAAGAGAGAUGAGGGAUUACUAUAAUGAAAAUAUCGCUAGUCUUGCUCCAGAAGACCGUGAUAAAUAUAUGAACGGAGCUCAAAAGCUAGAAGUUAUAUUUUCAAGCGGCUCGCCACUUAAUCCUUCCACACGGCAAUUUUUCCUAGAUCUGAUCAAUAUACCAAUUAUGAAUGGAUAUGGAAUAACUGAAAUGGGUGGAGGUAUUAUGAUUACGCCAGCUGAUUCAGAGUUCACGGAAGGCUAUAUUGGCAGGCCUAUAGCAGGGAAAACAGUGAAACUCUCCAACGGCGAUCACGGCGAAAUUCUAGUCAAACAUCCCAAAAUGUUUAUAAAAUAUAUAAAUGACGAAGCAGCCACACGUGCGGCAUUUGACAAAGAUGGGUUUUAUAAAACUGGCGACUACGCCCGUCGUAUUGGAAAUGAUUACUUUUUCGAUGGCAGGGCUUCCCAUGACUGGGUUCGGUUUCAUGAAUACACAAUAUCUGUUCUAGAGCUUGAGAAUCGCUUGAUGGAUCUUCCAUAUAUUUCGGAAGCCUAUGUUCUUAUAGUUCCGGAUGUUGAGGCUGGUGGAUUGGUAGCAGCGCUUGUUCGACCUUGCAAGUAUAGCCUGGACAGAAAAGAGUGCAGCGACAUUACUCUUCGACGAAUACGCAAGGACCUUGCUGCCGCUAACCUAGUCGCAUACAAAUUACCUCCCCUUUUGCGGGUUCUCCGAGACGAGGAACAAGUCCCCCAAACAACCUCCGGUAAAAUUUUGAAAAAAGAGGCUCUCCGGAAGUACUUUAAUAUAUCGGGAUUCAUGCCCAAGGACUAUGCUGUUGAGGGUGUGGAGUACUGCGGAAAUAAAAUCGAGGAGUCUGCUUCAUCUCGGGUAUAUGAUUGGGGGUUUAUAUAA